GUUCCUCGCUGGUUUCAUCUCGUUCUUGCACAUGUGCCGUAGCACAGCCAUAACAUCGAAUAUGGCACUCACAGCAGUACCUUCUAUCUCCACUGUUUUGCCGUAGUCCUUCACUAUGCCCUCCGCCGCUGCUUCCAACUUCUUCAGGUGCAUCUGUUUUGCUUCCAUCGUUUUUGAUCUCGUCAUCUCGAAACUCGUGUCUCCGAGCUUGUCUGGUGGUUCCGGAGUUACGGACAUUGUUUUGUUUGUUGUCUUGCUGGUAGGUAAGAGAUUACAAGCAGUAUAUACGCGUAUCUAUCCUCGUAACGCCUUCCCGGUUCCCUUCGAGCGGUGCUAGUGGACCGUGGGAAAAUCCUGGUGGUGGCUGUAACGGAUCAAGAGGCGUCCCUUAUCAUGAAGAUGUUGGCUGGCCGUAC